GUACAUACGUCAGAAAACGAAUAUUUUUUUCCGCUUUGGAGCAUUAAAUUUAUAACCAUCUCUGUUCGAAAAUUGCGAACUAUUUAAGUGUGAAAUUUAUAGUUUUUCUUAAAAUCAACAACAAAUGUGCUUUCAAAAGUAUUUUCCCUGAUAACAACAUGACCUAACAUCAUUAUUAAUUUCCAUUGUGUAUACAUAAUUGGAUGGUGGUGUAUGUCUUACGCGGUGCUUGCGGCCGAUAAAAUUUUAUUGUAUUAUAAUAAAUAAUUUAAACAAUUGCUAACUGAAUUUUAUCGAAGUUUUACAAUGUGUGCACGGGUUCGUCUUUUUCAAAUCAGUGGAAGCCUGCUAAGUUGAUGACAGACUUGUGCGGCGUCAACAAUUCUAACGUCUCAUCCAAUUAAUUCCCGCCUUACCUUAAGUUUCCAUUUACCUCCCUCGCCAUUCCAUAAUAAUAUAUUAAAUAUAAUUAUUUUAUAUGAAUUUGCAUAUAAUUCAUUCCAAAUAUUAUUUUAACUAUAUAAAGAUCGUUUAUAUAUUUUAAAUUUAGCUAAGCAAAUUACCAGAGGUAAUUACAUGCUUUGAAUUUGUUGAUAUUUUAAUUUUUUUUUAAUUUGAUUAAUUUAAAAAUACGUUUAUAUUUACUUGUAUUACCUUGUAAUUCCUUUUCCUGAAUCUGAAACUGAAAACUUUACACAUCCCAACAACUCCCGCCAUCCUCAUCACAACUCGUCGGUACUUCAUCACACACGAUGCUAUGACCCUGUGACGCACUCACGAUGAGCUCGUCCCCAGCAGUGGAGCCGUCGUCACCCUCCACCACGACUCCCUCGUCACCGGCGCUGAAGCCUGGUGAAUACGGACAGUUUAAUACUUCGACACCGAACUACGUGAAUAAGAAGCAGUACCAUCCCCCAUUGAACGUCGUACUACCAGCCACUGCCACUGCGCCAGCAACGCCACCCACCUACGGUGAGCCGACGUUGACGCCUCCGCCGAGAUCCCCCGGGGCUGCGGUGGUGACUCCGGCCUCCGGUGACGGCCGAGGGCAUCCGCCGGACGGCACUUCGUCUGACAAAUCCUCAGAAACAGCGGCUGGAGUGUCGCGUACACCGAGUACGGCUCUCUCCCGCAAGGAGAGUUACAAAGCUCAGCGCCAGCAUUACAGAAGAGAAAAGAAGAGAGCAGCGUCGGCGCUGUUACACUCCAUCGAGGAUCCGACUGUUGUGGUCCUCGCUGAUUGGCUGAAGGUCCGAGGUUCACUAAAGUCAUGGACAAAGCUGUGGUGUGUCCUGAAGCCUGGUCUUUUGUUAUUGUACAAGAGUCCUAAGGCCAAGAGCAGUCACUGGGUGGGCACGGUAUUGCUCACAUCCUGCCGGGUUAUUGAGAGACCCAGCAAGAAGGACGGCUUCUGUUUCAAGCUCUAUCAUCCUCUGGAGCAGAGCAUCUGGGCACCAAGGGGACCCCAUAACGAGACUAUAGGAGCGGUGGUGCAGCCGCUGCCGACGGCGCACCUGAUCUUCCGCGCGCCCUCGCAGGCCGCCGGACACUGCUGGCUGGACGGCCUGGAGCUGGCCCUGAGAUGCAGCAACGCUAUGCUCAGAUGUUCCCGGUCCAGGCCAGAGCAGACCGUGGAGCCUGAAGCACCGGCCACUCAGACCAUCUCACACGAAGAGUUGGAGAAACAUUUCAAUGAGCACGAGCUAGCGGGUGCCGCAUCGGAUACGGACAGCGAGGGUUCACGCGGUGGGAUGGCGGAUGCGCAGUCCCAGGAUGACCCGGCGACGACGAAGCAGGGCAUACUGGCGAGGAUACAAAACUUAUACGUCGAGGACCCGGAUAGAGAGAUUGGUGUGGCUGGUGAAUUAGUUGAAGAGGUGGCCGAGGAGAACAAGUCGCUACUCUGGUUCCUGUUGAAGCAGGUGCGACCUGGUAUGGACCUCAGUAAAGUGGUACUGCCCACUUUCAUCCUUGAGCCGAGGUCCUUCCUGGAUAAGUUGUCGGACAAUUAUUACCAUGCGGAUAUUCUGGCUCAGGCUCAAACCUUAGAGGACCCUUACCAAAGGUUUAAAUGCGUGCUGCGCUGGUACCUGUCCGGUCUGUACAGAAAGCCCAAGGGUCUCAAGAAGCCAUACAACCCUGUACUAGGCGAGGUUUUCCGCUGCUGCUGGAAGGACAGACAGGGGGACACCUACACUUACUAUAUAGCCGAGCAAGUAUCACACCACCCACCGAUUUCGGCCUUCUACGUCUCAAAUAGAAAGGAAGGCUUCGUUAUAGAAGGAAGUUUGCUAGCGCGCUCUAAGUUCUACGGUAACUCGACAUCUGCUAUUUUGGAGGGAUGCGCGCGGAUCCACCUGUUGAAUUGGGGCGAGACGUACGUCACCACCGCCCCGUACGCACACUGCAAGGGCAUCGUCAUCGGCACGCUCAGUAUGGAGCUGGGAGGAAAGGUUCACAUAAUCUGUCAAGAUACAGGCUAUCAAGCUGACGUCGAGUUUAAGUUACGUUCUUUCCUAGGUGGCGCUGAUCAGACAAACGCGAUCUCCGGCAGGAUCAAGAAAGGAAAGGACACAAUUGCCACUGUAGAAGGUUAUUGGGACGGCAGGAUUGAUAUCAAAGACAAGAGGACUGGGGAAGAGUCGAACCUUCUAGAUGUAGGAAUCCUCAAGGAACAGCGUAUGACAAGAUAUUUGAUGAAGCUGGAACACCAACAGGAGUACGAGUCGCAGAGGCUCUGGCAGCAUGUUUCCGAGGCGAUAUAUAAUGAUGACCAAGUGGCAGCGACGGAACAGAAGACAAUAAUAGAGGAGGCGCAGAGGGCUCAUGCUAAAAGUUUGCUGGCGCCGUGGUCGCCGCGUUUAUUCCGCAAGGACGUCCGCGCUGUUCCAGAAGGAAUCAUCGAUCAAGGUUGGAGAUAUCAACACGUCAAUACGAGCCCGUGGCAGCCGGAUGAGAUAGUAGAAUACGAGGAGGAGUUUGUGAUCUCGUCGUGCGUUCGACGAGCUGAGAGACUUCGGGAGCCACCUCCUCCUUCAGACUCCGAUUCAAGGGAUGAUCUCGCUCGAAGGUCCAAGACUUCUACACGCACCCUCAAACAAGCCCUCAUUGCGAUCGACUCAACACUCCGAGAGCAAACUCUAGCAAUAGAGAGGCUCUCGAAAACCGUCAACACUAUAAAUGAGAACCAACGUUCGCUAGAAAUGAGGGCACACACACUGGUAAGAGCCCCAACAACGUCCCACACGUGGGACCUGUGCAGCGGGUUCGUCCUCGCGAUGGUGUUGCAAGCCGUACUCAACUGGUUGUUCUAUAGCAAAGACUGAAGGUGUUGCCAGAUCCAUCCCGUUUCUAUUUUGAUUCGGUACACUACUGGUACGUUGACCAAAAUUUGCUGUCGAUUCUCUUGCGAGAUGUUUUUUGUGUCAGAUUAUGGUUUAAUUUGCUGUCGGUACCUUUUGUGCCUUAACGUGUCAGAUGGCUUUUUUGCGUUAUUUAUUAAUAUUAAUUAUGUAUAUCUGUAAUUAUGAUUGUGUGCGUCUAAAAUUAAAGAAGAUAUAAAAUAUUGUUGUAUUGAAUGGUAUAUUUUUAAAUUAUAAUAAUUAUGUACUUUUGCUCCGGUCCAAUCUAUAAAUAACAUAGUCUAUACUAGCAGUUAGGCGUAUGUUGUCCUUCCGGUAAAUGGCGCGAUGAGUUCUACUUCGAAUUCACUCUGGACUUUUUACAGUGUAAAUAUAAAAUUUAUUUAUAACUCCACACAGCAUUACCUAUCGGAUUUUUAGUAGUCACAUAUUGUGAUUGGGUCGUUUUGGUAUACAAAUAUAGAAUUUGUUAACAACUGAACUACAGCGCUACCUGUCGGAUCCGAGCUUAGCUAUGAACCAUCGUCUCUACAAAACAAAUGUAUUGUGUAAAUAUGAGUUCAAUCGGUCAAGUUACAUGAUCACUAACAGACGUACCAACGAUUAUAUAAAAAAAAAAUUAAAUUGUUAUAUGAUUAUAGUUAGCGUUAUUUAUUCUAUUUAUUUAUAACUUGAUUACAGAUGCACCAACGAUUUGUAUAUAAAAAAUAUGAUUUGUUUAUAGAUGACGUUAUUUUACAUUUAUUUACCUUUCCAAGAUGAUAUCGUAAUAGAGACAUCGUGUAUAUAGAAAUAAAUUAUAAACAUCAUUGUUUUGUUCAACCUUUUCUUAACAUUAAUUUACUUGUACUCUGUAAAAGGUACAGACAGCAAAAAAUAUAUUAGAUAGAUGAAAAACGGUGCCCCUACUGUAAGUUUUUAAUUGUAACUGCAGAGGAAACGAGUGCUUCUAAAAGCGGCAGUUAGUUUUGAAUCACAUCCGCCAGAUAGCGCCUUUUACGCUGACUUCACUCCGCCAGUUACAGUUGAAAACGUACACAUAAUAAUUAAUAUUAAUUAAUUCAUAUAAUUAGUAAUUAUUAAAUAUUUAGUACCUAAAUUCACACAAUAAGCUGUCACAUCACUUGAGCAUUUUUAGGAGUACGAAAAUAUUAAACCAAAGUCAUUUAUUGGAAGCACAUAAGAAUCGGGCUUCUUAUAAUUUAAGUAAAUUAACUUGCCAACGCUUUUAAUGUAUAAAGACAAUAUAUUUUUCACAUUUAAUACAUUUCUGGCCCUGCUUAAGCUAAAAGAGAAAAGUAGACAAAAAAAAAUUCGGCCUCUUGACACAAUCCACGUUAAUCCUAAGAUAAGAUUUGCCGUCAUCGCCACGAUUGAGUGGGAAAGUGGCGAUUGAUGUACCAGCCACCGCUCGGUAAAUUUUUAAAUUUAAUCCUGGCAACUUUUCAACAUGUUAGUUAAUAUAGGUCAUAGAUAUAGAGAGAAUAGACUGUGCGUUCCGUAUUCAGUUGUGGAGUGAAUAUAGACCGAAAAGUGCGAGAAAGACAAAGAUAAUGUGCGGCCAGUAGUUGUCUCUUUAGAAUUCUGAUAGUCCACGUCACUGGCUUGCAGGAUGUUGAACAAUCAGGUUUGCAGGAAAGAGAGGUAUUGGCCGUACCGUCGCUUUGUCUCUUUUUAGAAAAUGGUCACUUGUGAGACUAACGCUCAGUUUAUCUCUCUAUGUCUAUGACAAAGGUAUUGAUGUUAGCUAUUCGAAAGAAGAUGGCGGUUACAUGAUGACAUGAAAAACUUAGCUAUGACAUUUUGCAUUACCCUAAUGUUUCACACUUUAUAAUAAUGAUCACAAAACCACUAGACUUAUAUAAGAAAUAGCAGGGAAACGGGCCCAUUAUUUUCGUGCAAUUGCUUACUAUCUGUUUUGUUACGAAGCCACCCACUGGAUGAGUGGCUUUACGCCGAUAAAUGAAUUAUAUUGUGUAAUUUCCCCAAAUUAGUAAUUUAAAAGAUAUACGGCCUUAUUAUCGUUGAAUACCACUACUUAAAUUAAGUACUAAUUAUCUGUAUACCCGUCUCUUUCUAUUGUCAUUUAGUGAAAAGAGAGAGAGCAUCGUUGAUUAUCGCUUACUUAAAUUAAGUACUGAUUAUUUAUAUACUUGUCUCUUUCUAUUGUCAUUUAGUGAAAAGAAAGAGAGCAAUUUAAAUUACUUAAAAUUGCGUCGAUAUUUAUGAGUAAGGCCGAUAGUGUUUUACUCUUAUAUUUCACAUUUUAAAUGUAUCACACAAUGGCGGACUAAAAUUGAGGGCAGGUGCUUUUUUUAUUUUAUUUAAAAAGAAAGGGCGAAGAUAGUUUUAUGAUAAAGCAUGAUGUAUAGCAAGGAAAAAAGAUGUUUUUUUUUUUAAUAUGAUUUUAGAUAAAUUUCAGUUUGGUAAUGCGUUAUAUAUUGAUUAUGUUUUAUUAAUUUCAAUUAAGAAAUUUAAUUUGGUUUUUUUUUUUAUGAACUUGUUUUAGGCCUUUGAGUCACAACGCUAACAUAUUGCCACUAAUCUUCGAAAAACUACGAUUACAAUGUGUAUUCACACAAAAAUAUAACAUAAAUAUAUAUUUUUAUUCUUUUUUGAGUUUAGUUAAAUACUUUUGUAUUAUUACUUAAUAUUGAUCAAACUUUGUGAUUGUUCACCGUACCUAUUUAAUAAUUCAUGUUAUGCUAUAACCCAGUGCAGAAAAGAGUGUCAAACUCGGUAAGAAUCUGUGUUGCCAUUUUCAUUUUCCUACCACGCGAACGGAAUCUCGAAGGUAUUUUCGUGAGACUUUCUGGUAGAAUUUCGUUCGAUAUUUGAAUUCUACGCUAAUGUUGCCAUUGUAUAAGUAUUAUUCCCUUUCUAUUUGUAGGUUAACUUUGGUUAUAUACUAUUGGAGAACGUUAUAAUCUACCGUUUUGGUAUUUUCAGUAAGAGUUGGUGUAUAAUUUGAAAACGUCUCUAGUAGUAUAUAAUCACAAUUUAUAUUGUAUUUAAAAAUUUCUACGUUACUUAAACGUAAUGUAAUAAAUGCAAAAUGUUAUUUUCAAUUAUGAUUGUGUAGUCUGACGUCGCAGCGGUUAGAUGAACCAUUAGAUUGUUGAUAUUUUUGUUGUUUUAUCCAAUAAAUAUAUAUUUUUUUCCAAUUCAU